CCGGGCACCGGCACCCCCCGGCCCCCCGCGUCCUGCUCCGGGGCCUGGUGGCACUGACCUUCCUCUUUGCCAUCACCGGCGUCAUCGUCAUCAUCUCCCCCCAUCCCCAUCCUCAUCCCGUCACCUCCGCCACCAUCCCCACCAUCAGCCCUGUCCCCAUCCUUGUCACCUCCACCACCAUCCCUACCAUCAACCCUAUCUUCAUCCCCACAAUCAUCCCCAUCACCGUCACCUCCACCACCAUCUCCACCAUCAGCCCUGUCUUCAUCCCCACCAUCAGCCCUGCCUUCAUCCCCAACAUCGUCCCCAUCCUCAUCCUUGUCACCUCCACCACCAUCCCCACCAUCGGCCCUGUCCCCGUCCCCACCAUCAUCCUCACCCCCGUCACCUCCACCACCAUCCCCACCAUCAACCCUGUCUUCAUGCCCACCAUCAUCCCCAUCACUGUCACCUCCACCAUCCCCACCUUCGUCCCAUCAUCUCUGUCCCCAUCCCCGUCCCCAUCAUCGUCCCCAUCUCCAUGUUCAAUCCCAUCAUCUCUCCCAUCCUUGUCUCCAUCUUCAACCCCACCAUCUCUGUCCCCAUCCCCAUCCCAUCCUUGUCCCCAACU